GUUGAUUUAACUGAUUCAUCAUCACCAUUCCAACAAAGCAUUCCCAAUCUGGCAUUUUAUGUACCGGCUGUUGUUGUAUUUGGACUAGCUGAAUUUCGUUAAAGCGCCAGUUAAAUUGUGAACAAGAAGUUUGCGUGCCAAAGUGAACGAACAUUACCAAAACAACAAGUAAACAAACACAUUUGACAAACAGCCAAUUACUACGCUGACAAUGGCUAAUGAUCCAGCAAAUCAACAACAAUUCGCCGAAGACGUUGCAGCACUUGCCGCUGGUUCUGGUGAUCCCUAUGGAAAUCUCGGUGAUCCCAAGGGCGAUUUUAAGAUGCCCAGUGUGGAUGAGGUUUGGAAGUUAAUCGAACAAAUGGACGGUAUAAGCGAUGAGGAGAAGGCUAAUCUUAAGGAGAACCUUUAUAAUCCACAAGAAGGCUCCGCAGAGGAUUUUAUGCGCCGCUAUGCUCAACCUGGACCCGUACAUUCCUCUUGGGAUUAUGCAAUAUUCUUUGCAAUGAUUGCGAUUAUUGUGCUUCUAUUUGCGCUCUUCGGCUACAAACUGUACAAAUCGCUGAUGGAGAAGGAACUGAAGAAGAAGGAGAAAUUGAAAACCAAACAAGCCAAAAAAUCAAAAAAGACAAAUUAACGUUGACAAUUUUAUUUCUUAUGUAUAUUUACAUACAUAGCAGCUACGAACAUAACAUUCUAAACGGGAAUACGCCAAUUUUUCUUGCAAACGCUCUGUUAAUUACAUUCACACUUAAUACCAUGUAAAAGUGCAGUCAAAUUUACGUGAUUGCGCUACAUUAAUUAUUUGUAGGCUGAGUACAGUUAGUUGUAGUGUUUGUGUGUGUUUUAACAAAUUAUAAAUGCAAUAUCUAUACAAAUUCAUUAUACAACGGCACAAAGGCAUAUGUACGUACAAUAUACAUAUACA